AUGGGAAGGGAAGGCAUGGGAAGCAUGCUUUGGGGCUACACUCACACCACCGCACAUAUGCCACACAUACCCCACGUGUAUAACCAUUCACUCACCGAUGGAUACUCUCGUUAUAGCAAAUUAUUCAUCGGUGGUCUCAGUUGGGAGACAACGAUCGAGAAACUGACGGAAUAUUUCUGUCGUUAUGGAGAAGUGACUGAUUGUGUGGUUAUGAAGAAUGCAGAGACCGGUCGCUCGCGUGGCUUCGGUUUCGUGACAUUCAAAGACCCCUCUUGUGUCCAG